ACUAUUUUAACCGCAACUACCACAGGCAACCAAUCGAAAGACGGUAAUCAUGCGCGCAGCAGCAGCAGCGCCGUUGCGCCGGUCGACGCGCCUGCUGAGCACAGCGCCCGCCACAACAACCGCGCCUGGCCCCGUGGCCAAAGCGAAGAAGCCGAAGGCAGCCAAAGUCGUCAAGAUCGCCAAAGCAGCAUCCGCCAAGCCAACGUCCGCCAAGACCAAGGCAGCGUCCGCCAGAGCCAAAGCUACACAUGCCCAGGUCCCAUCGGCCAACGGGGCACCGACGUUCAAGCAUGGUACGCUCAACAAAGACUUUGAGACACGACUGUACGCCAAGGGCUUCAAGUGCGUCGUCGGUGUGGACGAAGCGGGGCGUGGUCCGCUCGCUGGUCCCGUCGUCGCCGCGGCCUGCUACGUGCCCGUGGACGUUGUCAUCGAAGGGAUCCACGACAGCAAGAAGCUGGAUGAGAAGCAGCGUGAAUGGCUCUUUGCCCAAAUCACGUCCAACCCCGCCAUCAAGUAUGCAGUCCACAUCAAUCCGCCAGCACGCAUCGAUGAAAUCAACAUUCUCCAGGCGACCCUCGAGUCUAUGCGCAAGAGCGUUGAGAACCUCCCGAUGCCCGUGGACUACGCGCUCAUUGACGGCAACCGCAUGCCGACGCUCGACGUCCAAGGUGAGACCGUCGUCAAAGGGGACGGGCGCGUCUACUCGAUCGCAGCUGCCUCCGUCAUUGCCAAGGUGACGCGAGACCGCCUUAUGGUCGCCUACGACAAGGAAUACCCCGAGUACGGUCUCGGCCAGCACAAGGGCUACGGCACCAAAGCACACAUGCUUGCGAUUCACAAGCAUGGCGCGACCCCGAUUCACCGCAUGACAUUUGCGCCACUCAAUCAACUCUAAGCAAUAUCGCCAGAGCCACCGCAAUACCAUUUUAGUGUAAUUUCACAUCCGACUUAACAUGCACAGUGGAUUUAAACAGCGCC